CAAAGGUCCUUCAUCUUCCUAGGACCUGACCUCUACAUUCCCCUAAGCAGAUGCCGGAGCAGUAUUUUCUGUAACCGAAGCUUGCAGCAUUUAAAAAAAAAAAUGGCAUCUUCAAGCCGGACCCAAGUGUUGAAUCUUUACAAGGUCUUGUUAAGAGAAAGCCAGAAAUUCAGUUCUUACAGCUACAGAACCUAUGCUAUCCGAAGAGUAAGAGAUGCCUUCAGAGAGAAAAAGAGCAUUGGCGAUUUCCAUGAAAUACAAUCUCUCAUAUACCAGGCCAAAGAAAACCUGGGGAUCAUUCAGCGUCAGGUUACAAUUGGCCAUUUGUACACCACUGACAAACUGAUCAUCGAAUCUUCAGGGACCCAGUAAUAUCGCCAUCCCCCAUCAGACGAUUGAUGCAUCGGUCCACCUCUCUAACGCUCUUGCAUUUUCAGGAAUGAAACGCAGAGUUCUUUCCCGCCAUCCUUUUUUUCUUAAACUAGUCCAUUAAGGCCUCAUGAACACAACCGUAUCAGCUUUGCGGUAUCUGUAUUUUGCGGAUCGCAAAAUGAAUACGGUGCAUAAGACCUACUUUAGCCGGAGU